GUAAAAAAAAACAGAGAGAGAGAGAGAGAGAGGACUCAGUGGGAACUCACCACACAGACACUGAAUGUGCUCAGCAGCUUCGCACCGGAGGAGCUCACCGAUCAGAAGGAGGUGCGACCUGGAAUGACUGGUUGAUCGUCCCCUCCGUCCUCCCUGCCUCCUCCUCCUCCUCCUCCUCUUCCUCCUGCUGCCGCCGCCCGGACAGACACCUCAGUGCGGGUCGGGAGCGGACAGAACCAGGAGGCUGCGCAGUCUGGAUAAAAAGCGGUGAUCGGAGGGACAAAGCGGCUGGAAAUUGUCGGGAGAAGUGAACCAGUGGAGCCACAGGAGAGUCUGCUUCAUCGGGACUUACGUAACUGAGCUGUGAGGAGCGACCGGCGGCAGCGAGAGAGAGACGCUGCUGCUGUUUAAUCAGAACCGCAGGUGAAGAGUUUUUCUAUCCAGUCAUCAUGAUCGGCGAAGACAACAUCUCCUGUCACCAGUGAGGACGUCAACAUGAACGAGGGCCACAGGCAAGGCGGAGGGGCCAUCACCGUGGAGGCCGACGUCAUCCUCCACGUCGCGAACCCCGACCUCGUCAAGCCCGCAAACAGAGAUGGGAGUUUAUGUCCGGGUUACGUCCAGGGAUUCCUGCCAGAGGACAAGGACUUCAGCCCUACUCCGGUGUUUGAGAAGGAGUACCUGUUGGAUGGGAGGCUGAUGGAGAAUAAUCACAUCGAUCAUCAGAAAGGCAACGGCUCAUACGACUCCAGAGCUGAUCAGUACCACCUCUCUAAUGUAAAGGGGGCUCUGGUUCUCCCUCUUCAUACUGACUCUCUGUCCAAUCAUGUUUCUGACACACUGCAAAACUGUACAAGCAGUAAGAUGUACAACGGCGCCAGAGCCAAAGUAUGCUCGUCUAGUCAAGGCAAAGAGGAAACUGAUCGCUCAGGGCUAAAAUCAAACCUCGAACAGGCAGAUGAAAAUACAUCAGCUAAAGAAAAGCCUGAUCUAGUCAUCGAAGUUGGCGGGCAGACGAUCAGUGCUCACAAAUCUGUCCUUGCAGAGAAGAGCGACUACUUUAAGGCGCGGCUGUCACGAGACAUCCUGAAAGUAAAGGGAAUGAGCUACAAGACAUUGUCUACGUUGAUAGACUACAUUUACACUUCCAAGGUGAAUGUGAGCAAGGACAAUGUCGUCGAGGUCAUCACAGGCGCUAAAAUCCUCCAGAUCCCCUGCGCCGUCCAGGCUGCCAUGGACUCCAUGUCGGAACAAAUCACCGCAGAGAACUGCUACGAGAUUCUUACCAUUUCCAAAAAGCAGCGGCUGAACGAGCUGAAGGAGACGGCCUACGGCUACAUGAGCGACAAUUUCCUCAAGAUCCUCAAAGACCCCGCCGUGUACGGGCGUCUGACCGGAUCGGAGCGGGACCUGAUCCUGAGGAAGAGAAUGGAAGGGAGGAAGACGCUGAUGGUCGCAGAGAUAAACGAUGUGUUUGAUCGAGUCGGGAGCAGGCCGCCGAGUCGUUGCGGCAGCCGGCCACAGAGCCCCUUGUCGGAGGGGUCUUUAGAGGAUAACCAUAUGAUUUACUUCUUUAACGAAACGGCGAAUGACUGGAGACCUUUGACGGCGAUGCCUGAGGACUUAAACACUAAAGGGUGCGGGAUGUGCACCUUGUACAACUACCUGUUUGUGGCAGGGGGGAUCAAGGGCUACGGUGACAAAGGCAAAGUGUCGGACAAAGUCUUCUGUUACAACCCCAUAACCAACCGCUGGGCUGAGGUCAGACCUCUGAACCAGGCUCGAGCCCAGCUCAAGCUUGUGUCCAUGGACGGCCACUUGUAUGCCAUCGGAGGGGAAUGUUUGUUUACAGUGGAAAAAUACGACCCUCGCAUGGACCGAUGGACUACCGUGGCCCCAUUGCCCAAGGGAGCCUUUGCCGUGGCCCACGAAGCCACCACCUGCAGCGGAGAACUCUACGUCUCAGGGGGCUCCCUCUUCUACCGCCUCGUCAAGUACGACCCCAAGAGGGACGAGUGGCAGGAGUGCCCCUUCAACAACAGCAGGAAGAAGUCCACCGACAUGGUGGCGUUCAAGAGCUUCAUCUACCGCUUCGACGUCAACCGCGAGCAGGGCAUCACCGUCUUCAAGUACAACACCAUAGUGAAAAUGUGGCACGACUGCGAGUCGCAGAGGCCCGGGAGCCACUUACCGUUCAGGUGCGCCGUCAUCGGGAACUGCAUCUACUGCGUGAACAAAUCCCAGACGCUUCAGUUCGUAGUGGAGGAGGAGAGCGGCUACUUUGUGGAGGAGGCGCUGAGGGCACCUCUGGAGGCGAAGGGCGUUCUUUUUCCUUUUGUGCUCACGUUGCCUGAAAAGCCUGAAAAAGUGACAUAGUGUGUGCGUGUGUCAUCCAGAAUAAGACAUUAUACCUGGCAAAACUAGAAUAAGCAGAAGACAUUAUACACACUCUUCAGUGUCAGCUUCUGUCCUUGUGUCUCGAUGGCUGCUUUGCAAUGGAAUGUGUGUGUUUGCAUGGCAAUUUAACAGGUUUGCGCCUUAAAAGGAAACAUUUUAUUUGUCAGUGUUGAAUGACUGAACGAAACCAUAUUUGUAUCUGACUGUAAAUAAUGACAUCAUGAAAGUGACUGUAGAUUUUUUCGUGUAUUUCCUGGGUUCAGUUUUGUUUUGGUGCAAUGUAGAAUAGACUUAGAACAUAUUAACUAGUUUACUGGUGACUUUGGUAACAAAAAGUUGUUUUGCUGGAGAUUCUAUUGUUAUAAAAAAAAACCGAUGGAAGCAGUUAUCGUGCGCUUUAUGAAUGAUGUAAGGCAGGUUCUAUGCAAAUGAAACAGAAUAUAAGGGUCUGCUGUUCAUGGUUACUAGGAGCGGAUUUGACUGGAACGAGUACGAUGUUUUGCCUUUUAUUCAUCCUGUGAAAUAUCCUCACAUUAUAUUGAGUGAAAAAACAAGAAACUGCUGUAUUCAUCUUCUAAACUGAACAAAUAUUCCUGCUGGUGAAGCGUUUAUUUACCUUUCAUGAAUUCAGGCGACGUUCACACAAAGCAAAUUUGUAUUUCAUCUCCUUCAAGUUAAAGCUUUAGAUUUUUGCAUCACAAAUCAGAAACUGAAAAAAGUACACAGUAUUCUUCUUAUAGUGCCUCUUCACAGGUGUAACAGUUCCUGCAUUUAGCACAUUUGCCAAAGAUAAACAAGAAUUCUUUAAGGCUAUAACAAACCUGCAUAAAUCCAACCCACAAACAGUAUAAUGUAUUUUCACAUCUAUUUUUUUUCAUUAGGUUCUUAAUGAAGGAAGCACUUCUCACCACAGUCGAGUCAAAAAGUAAAACAACAGUUUGCUGCUAACUGACACUUCUCUGGAAGGUUUAGGAGAAGUCACUCAAACUCCACAGCUGCUAUGACCUUCCCUGUGUGACUUUCAGCAGCAGAACCCUGUUCACCUGUUACCAGGUUGUUCCCAUGAAUAGGGUCCUUCCCUUCAGGCCCAACAUCAAAUCCGACCACUGUGCUGCAGGCUCCCGGCCCCUCGCUGCCUCCACUGGUCAUAUGACACUAAUGAACCAUGUUCUUCCUACAUCGGUGUACGUGAAUGCCAGUUUUUGCUCUUAACAGUCCUUGCUUUGCAAUAAUACAGUGGCAGUUUUGUAUGGAGGCUAACGCUGAUUUAUUCCUUGAACAAAUAGCUUUUGAUAAUAUUUGUAGAAGUGUAUCCAUGCAGUCGAUGUGACGCAGACAAAAUGGAUGUGGUUUUGUAUUUUUUUUGGCUGGCUGGCUGGCGUCUGUAUUUUGGUGAUUCUCUUGGUUUUUGUAAGGAUUUGGUAGUUCUGGAUCUGCUGCUGUGAUGGACAUUAAAGUGACGCUGAGGCUUCCUGUUCAUGGCGAACGUACGGAGUGAGCUGACCAAUAAGCUGUUGGAUAAUGUACAUCGGUCAGAGUUAAGUGCUUCAAAUAAAAUAUCUUGUGUCUGAAAAUGA